AUGGACCAGAUGGAUGGGCCCGUGGCUGGAUCAGUAACGGGCACGGAGCUCCACUUCGACUCAGACGCCAGCAAGGUGGAGGUGGGGUACUGUGCACUGGUGACCGCUUGUCCCAAGAGCUGCCACUGCAUGGAGAAGAACAGCCUUGUCAUGGUGCAGUGCAUGUCGCGCAACCUGGAGAACAUCCCCGCCGACCUGCCACGAGACACGGUAGUCCUGCUGCUGGCCUCAAACCGCAUUACCAAGAUCCCCAACCAGGCCUUUAAGGACCUCAAAAGAUUACAGGAACUGGACCUAUCCAACAACGCCAUUGAGACGGUGGACGCUGGGGCCUUCCAGGGGGUCUCCGACGGCCUUCGGGUCCUGGACCUGUCCAACAACCGCUUAAGCAGCGUGCCCAAAGAGGCAUUCGCCAAACUUCGGGCCAAAAUCAGCCUCUCCAACAACCCCUGGCACUGCGAGUGCAGCUUGCAGGAGGUCCUGAGGGAGCUGAGACUGGACCCAGAGACGGUCAACGAGGUGAGCUGCUACACGGCCGUGGAGGAGGAGUACGCCGGCAAGCCCGUUAUCCAGGUCCUGGACUUGGGAAUCAACUUCUGCAACUUCUACCACAAGACCACCGACGUGGCCAUGUUCGUGACUAUGUUUGGCUGGUUCACCAUGGUGAUAGCCUACGUGAUCUACUACGUGCGGCAGAACCAGGAGGAUGCCAGGAGGCACAUUGAGUACCUCAAGUCCCUGCCCAGCAGCUCGCAGAUCAGCAAAGACUUUGACACCAUCAGCACGGUUCUCUAGCAGGCCCACUGUGGCACACAUUUGAGAAAGUGUGUGUGAGUGGGUGAGUGAGUGAGUGGAUGAUAGGGGGAAAGGAGUUCUUGAUUUUUGAGCUGGA